AUUGUGCUACAGUCAGACGCUUUCAAUCGACCGUGGGCGUUUGAUUCGUUGACGAACAAACGAAUGAACGAACCCACGGACGAACUAUUUUCUUCUAUCUUCUAUUGUCAGACGUACGACUUCCCUUUCCGCUGCUGCUGCUUCGCUGCAUGUUAUUAAAAUUGCUCCGUUUUAAUCACUGUCUGUUGCACAAUACGUAUUGAUACCUCGGUGACGAUGAUUAAUCGUACGUCUGCGAAUCUGAUUGACUGCUACGGUAUUUUGUGAUUGCACCCGUGAUGAAUAAUGCAAAAAUAUAAGAUCAUAGUAAAUUCCAAUGUAUUCCACUGACGGAAGUUUUUAUUAUAUGACAGAACGUUCAGACAAACCGUCAUGGAAAUAAAGAAAUUUUUAUAGAAUGUCAUUAAGGUGGAUUUUCAUGGAAAUACAUACGCGUUCGUAUCUUCUUGAUGAGUACUUAAAUGUUCACUCUUAGGUAAUCAGUAAUUCCGAUACAUUCUGAUAUUACGAGUUGAAAGUUAUGGCAAGUUUCCAUAUUUUCGUCCAGUCAGAUAAAAUUAGGUUCAGCUUAAUUAUUUAUUCAAAGCAGGAAGUUGUUUAAGUGCAUGAAUAAUUUAAAGGUUAUCGAACAAUCAUCCAUUGGAUUCAUUGUAUGGAGAUCUGCAUAUAAUGAUGUUGGAAACUAGAUCAGACUGUGGUUCUGAAUAAGCUCGUAGAAAAUUGAUGCAGUGAUUUAUCACCGUACUUUAACCAUAAUCUUUCCAUUUCAAAAAAUAGUAAAUCAAAAUUUUGUCCAAACGGCAUUGUACACAAGCAAAUAAAUACAGAACUACUAGCUACGUACAUCUAUUUAUACAGAGAUAACAAUAUUUGUACGCAUUAUCAGAAAGUACAUAUUCAAAACGUUAACGCGUGAUUAAUGUUUGUGUACUUAGUAAAAUAAUUAAUUUGUAAGAAAUUAAUUGUAAUUAAUCGUCUAAUAUCUAGCUCGUUAUUUAAUUGCCUGUUUGAAGAAGCUAUUUGUUGGACAAUUUUGAAAAAUGAAAUUGAUAAGAUUACAUCUUGCAGCGAUAUAAAUAAAAAUGGAAGUGAUCUUUCAUAUUUAUUAAAUAAUAAGGUUUUCCCCUAUUAAGAACAUCCUCGGUAGGCAGCUUAAAAAUAGUCUUUUGCGCAUCCAUCGCGCUAUGAAAACAGGGCUUGUAGUUCUUUGAGAACUUCACGCACAGCGUGCAUCAUCUAACCUAUCAGAGCCGAUAAUCGCGAAACAAAAGCUUGCAAGGGAACGAGAGCGAGGGCUGAUCGUUGCAUUCUAUUAACAGAAUCCUUUCUCGAGUUAUAACGGCCCGUGAAACUCAUAGGAGUUGCAAUUUUUUUUUUUUUUAUAUGCCAGCGCGCUUUCAGUUUUCUAGCACGCGAUACGAGGCACAUUUUUCUACGCUUUGUUGAUCGUGAAACGUCAUAUGGAAAUGUACAUAUUCCGUUUCAGUCAGUAUCAUUUCAACAGAAUCAAAGAGCCGAGUUUUAUCAACCUUUCAUAGUAUCUUUUGUAGUUAUAACCAGGGUUAUAAAAGUGUCAUGUUGAAAAAAAAAAUAGGUAGUAUUUAAAAAGAAAUGAUUUUCACAAUUUUCAUAGAAGAAGGCUAUAGCACUGCUAUAAAUUCGAUGCUUAAAUUCUCGCUUCGCCUGAGUUUCUUCACGCUAAACGAUUAAACAAGCGUUAACAACCAUAACUAUCAAAAGAUCAUCUCGAACACUAUCGCUUUUGUUUUCAUUCUUCGAAUCAUCGUGUAAACGCGCCAUAACAUUUUUAUCGGGCAUUAUCAUUUCCAUUAUGUAACUAUUAUUUUCCAGCGAUCCGUUCAUAAUACAUCUGUCUGUCGGUAUCAUCGCAACAAUUAACGGGAUUAUUAUAGUUUGUCGAGUUAACUGCAACGAGCUCGCGAUUAGAUUAUAGUUUCUUCGGCUUUGCUCGUUCCAUCCCCGCUCCAUCGAUGCUCUCGCGCCGAAUCUAACACGCCUCUGACGAAUAUAAUUUAGAUGAGAUCGUUUGUCGAAGCCGAGAAAUGUCAAAGAUCACGGCAGAGUGAUCCAGGUGCAACCACGAUCCUCUUCUUCGAGAAACUGGCCGAUUCGUUAAAUGGAAAGUAGUUUGACGACGUGUUGAAUAGCGUGAAAAUAAAAAAAGAAAAAAAAAAACGUGAACUACGUGUUGUGUUGUUGAGAAACGGAAAAGUGAUUUGUGCACGACAAGGACAAUCGCCAUCAACGGAAAUCAGUGGAGGGUUCACGGAUCACAGGGAAAAAUGUUCAAGCUCGCCGGACGCCAAGAAUGGGAGGCUUUGACGAAAGACAUAAGGCUGCAGCUGAACGAACAGCUGAGAUGUCUCGACAUCAGGAUGGAGGCCCAAGUCGCCCUCGUGGCGGAGCUUCAGGAUUUUUUUCGAAGGAGAGCCGAGCUGGAGCUCGAUUACAGCAAGUCUCUAGACAAGAUGGCCAGAAGCAUACAGCUCAGACACAAGGAGCAAAAGCAAAAGCGAGAACAAUGGCCCCUAUUCUCCAGCUACGCUUGCUGGCAACAACUUAUCAACGAAACAAAAUCCUUAAGCAGAGAUCAUGCAGCACUUUCGGAGGUCUACAGCACGCACCUCGUUGGUCGUCUCAACCAGGUGAUGGAAGACGUACAGCGGAUAUACAAGCGUUGCCGUGAGAUAGGAUACGAGACGCACGAGGAGAUCCUCCGGGUGCUGCACGAGUUGCAUACAACGAUGAAAACGUAUCAGGCUUACCAGGCAGAGUCCCGGCAAGCGGAAACAAAGCUUCGGGUGGCGGAACAGCAGCGCACCAAGCUCGAAGUGGCGAACGCCCCGCCCGAGAAACUGGCGCGCAGCAAGAAGUACAAGCUGAUUGAGAAGGAAGUGAACAAGAGGAAGAGCAAGUAUCAGGAAGCAAAGCUGAAGGCGUUAAAAGCGAGAAACGAGUACAUUUUGUGUCUCGAGGCAUCAAACACGACAAUACACAAAUACUUUGUGGACGAUCUGUCUGAUCUCAUUGAUUGCAUGGAUUUUGGUUUUCACAAUUGCAUUGCCAGAGCGUUGCUAAUGCACUGCAGUGCAGAAGAGGGUAGGCAACGUUCCUUGCAAUCGGGUGCUGAACAACUGGCUUCCUGUGUCGGUGCUCUAGAUUCGAGAGCGGAUAAACAAAGGUUUCUAGAAUCCCAUCAUUCUGCUUUUAUGAUCCCUAAGAAAUUCGAGUUCCAAGGACAACGAGGGGACGAGACCCCAGAGCCUGAAUUGCAAAAGCUAUUGCACGCCGAGAUGGAACAACGAUUGACGCAAUUGCAACAGAGAGUGACGUCCUUGAGAACCGAGUCUGAGGAAGUGUGGAAAACUUUAGAAACGGCAGAGGCCAGCCUGCUAGAAAUGCUCACCGCGAAAGACUACGACUGCUCUAGAUAUUUUGGAGAGAACGCUGUGCCCACUUCUAGACCUCCUGAAACGAUACAGAUCAAGCUCAGAGCCGACAGACAGGAAACCGAAGAAUUCUACCUCACGAAAUUCAGGGAAUACCUUCUUGGAACCUCAAGAAUAGCUAGGUUAGACGCGAAGCAAGAAUACAUUCGACAAAGCCUACUAGAUGGCUCCACUGCUAGCCCAAACCCAUCAAUAUCGGCAACGAAACAAAAACAGGCACGAAGGAAACGAAUCGGUAGAUUACAGAUGAACGGUCAACCAAAACUAUUCGGUGGCUCGUUAGAAGAAUACUUAGAAAGCACAAAUCAAGAAAUUCCUUUGAUCAUGAAGAGCUGCAUUAGAGUAAUCAAUCUGUACGGUCUACAUCAUCAGGGUAUCUUUCGUGUUUCGGGCUCCCAAGUAGAAAUCAACAACUUCCGGGAAUGGUUUGAGAGGGGAGAAGAUCCUUUGGCCGAUGUAACAGAUGCAUCGGAUAUUAAUAGUGUUGCCGGUGUAUUGAAACUUUAUUUAAGAGAAUUGAGAGAGCCACUCUUCCCAAUUAUUUACUUUGAACAUUUAAUGGAGUUAGCACAGUUGGAAUCGAAGCAGGAGUUCGUUAAUAAGAUGAAGGAACUAAUUGCGAGUCUUCCAAGACCGGUCGUCAUUGUAAUGCGAUAUCUUUUCGCCUUUCUAAAUCACCUUUCAGAAUUUUCGGAUGAAAACAUGAUGGACCCCUACAAUUUAGCUAUCUGCUUUGGUCCUACUUUAGUACCAGUUCCUGAGGACAAGGAUCAGGUGCAGUACCAAAAUCAAGUAAACGAACUGAUCAAAAACAUCAUCACAUUCUGUGAGGAAAUAUUCCCAGAAGACAUUGGGGGUACUCAGUACGAAAAAUACAUCAGUAGGGAACCAGACGACGUAGACGUAGGAGACUCGCCAACGGAUCAGGUCCAGGAAGACAUGGACUCCGAAGUGUAUCCAUCCGAGGAUGAAUCGGAAAACCUCGAAGCCACAGCGCAAUUCGAUUUCAAUGCAAGGUCCGAAAGAGAGUUAAGCUUCAAAAAGGGGGAUACCUUGACUCUAUACACACAAGUCAGUAAUGAUUGGUGGCGAGGUGCCUUGGCUGGUAGAGAGGGGCUUAUUCCCGAUAAAUAUAUUAUGAUCAAGAUAAAGGAUGAAGAACGCGAAAAGGAACUUCUAAAAUCGUCAAGCGAAGAAUCAAUGCGAAGAAGAACUUCUAGCUCUGCCGAUAGUGUUCUAUCGAGUAACAACUCACCAUUGAUGGGACCGUCUGGGAAUACAGCUACUUGGUCGUCUAGUACCAUGUCCGACACACCAGCUACCACGAAUAUAAUAUCAACAGACAAUAUCAGUAACAGCGGUGUGAUCUCAACGAUUGUGACAAAUGUCCCUUGCAUUUCUUCGGCCCAACCGAUCAUCAGCCGAGAGGAAUGUGGAUCUCGCAUGGCAAAAGUGUCAACGCCUGAGAAAGAGAAGCACUCCUUUGCUUCAGACGCUACGCAAAUCAUUGUUGGUAACAAUGCAGAAAAUGAAAAGACGGAUUUUAGCGAAUCAUCGAUACAGCAACAGCAGCAACGUAACGAAGAAGCUGGAGGCGAAGAAGCGGAACGUAUCUCGUUACUGAAUUUGGACGGCAGCGCAAAACGUGGAACCAGCAGGAAACAACAUUGGAAAUCUCAGAGUAUGGGGGACACUGCGCAGCAAACGGUAAACCCUUUACAGGCGAACACCGCUAUCACCCAAGAAGAAGAACCUCAAGAACAACCAACUUUCUCGGCAAAUCGGGAGCUCUGGCAGAGACGUGCAACGUCGCAAACACAAUUGAAUCCUCCCGUGCCUCCGAAUCAUAAGCUUUUCCGCUCUUCUCAAGAAUUCCGUGAAAUGCGUCAGAAACACACGCCGGAUCUCGUCAUGGAUCUUCCUUUAUCCGCGCAGGAUGCAAGCAAAAAGUCUGCUUCGUCGAAUAGUCUGAGUAGUUCCGACGAGGAGAGCCCUAACUUAAAUCAGCCAUCACGAGCGGAGGCAGCCACGUCGCCCACGGGAGGACCCGAGUCUCCCGACAUGAGCACAGCCGCAGAACGGUUUGCCAAGCAAAAUCAGUGCACCUUGAAGAAAAACACGAAAACAAAUUCGGACGCGCCGAAAUUGAAACGCGUCGAACCUGAGCACGAGCCCGAACAGGAGCCCGAGGAUAUGGUCAGAUCAACCAGUUCCAAUCAAAUCUCAGAUUCGAUGCCCUUAAGGUCACCGCUUCCUUCGCGUUCGACGCCUAAGGUUGUCGCGAAGUUCGCGGAUAUGCACCUAAGCCGCGGCAGUCAGGUGUCCUCGUUCAAACCGCAGGUAAAGGUGAAGCCAACGAUCCUCAGGAAACCGGUGCUGCCAUUCCCGCAUCCGCACAUGAGUCCGGAGCUCGCAAGGAAGAUCGAAAAGCAAGCGCAGAGCGCCGAACAGUCGAAUUAAUUGCUGCCAGGGUAUUGGAGAGUUUUAGCAGCAAAAGAUGUAUUUAUUUUUAGCAAUCCAUGCGUGUUUGAGUAAGGUUUCCAGGCGCGUAGAUUUGCCAUUGACUUUCCAUUGACCAGUUACUCCGCCCAAUCGCAAGGACAUAAACGAAGUGUGUUAAUUACUGUAUCCAAGAAGAAAGGAAAGCCGGGCAGUAUCGUUCCUUGGUACGAUGAUACGUUACAUACCAGGUUCGAUGCUACCCUCGGGCCGAGUUUAUUUUUUCUACGACUAUUUUCCAUUUUCGCAUAAUUUUUUUACCAAAUGACCCGCGAAACGAUGUUUCUAGUCAUCGAGAGACGAUUGAAAAACGAUGCGAGAAAUGUGUGAGCGAGAUAAUACAUCGAAAAAAAGAAAAAUGAAUUACAAUUUCGAGGUUAAAUAGUUAUUUGCCGUGAGAGUGAGUGUGUGAGAGAGGGAGAAAAAGAUUUUGUACGUUGGACAAUAUGUAAUUUAUUACAAGGAAUAUUUCUUCUCAAGGUGUAUCAGUAUGUUUGCAACAAACGUGUUCGAUGUUCCUUUAAAAUGCACGUGAGUGGGUAUGAGUUAAACGAAAAAAAAAAAAAAAGAGCCUUUUCCGGAAGUUUCUUUCAUAGGAAGAAUGAGUGAGAUGAUUUCGGGACCCGAAACCCGGCUUAUUAUUUUUAUUAUUAUUAUUAUUAUUAUUAUUAUUAUUAUUAAUAUUAUUAUUAUUAGACAUUGUAACAUGUCACCGACGUCUUUAAUUAAGAACUAUACGACAAUGAUGUUCGAUAUAUUCGAGAGUAAUAAGUGUACAAUAAUGCACGAAUAUUUAACAAUUCGACGUCAGCUUUAGGUAUUUACUGAUAAUUCUGCUAUGAAAAAUUCAACGAAAUAGGAAAAAAGCGAUGUAACACCUCAACGUAUUCAUGCCCUUUUUCCUUAUAACCCAUUAAACAAAAAAAAAAGAUUAUACUCAAUUAAAUAAUAUGCGUACAGUAACCCGAUAUUCAAGUAUUCUAUAAUUAUACUCGGAACAAAAAAAAUUCGGAAUGGGCAUAAAGGGAGGUAUUAGGUACCCGACAUGUCGGAUUUGGGUAAGGUUAGAAGAAGUCGGGCGGGUUCGGCUACACCAGGGUGCUGAAUCCGUCCCACUUCUUUCUAACUUACCCGACACAUUCGGUUGUCCUCACACCCCUAAUCGCAGCCCAAAGUAACAAGAAUUGCGAAUUCAGUUAGGGUGACUAUAACUUAAUACUCUUUAUAGUUACUGAUUAAAUAUUAGUACUAAAUAUUAUCACAUUAUACCCACCGCAAUAAGAAAUACCAAAGCCAAUGAAAUAUUGUCCCUUUUUUUUUCUUUUUUUGAAUGUAUCAUAUUUGUUGGAAGAACAUGCUAAAGUUUCAAUUCCUACGAUGCGUUCGUUUUUAUAUUUCACAACGAAAGUUACGUUUUUAUAAUAGUUUUUUCUAUACUAUAUCGAAUUGUUAUUUGUGAGAGGAUUCAGUGUAACUUAAUGCGUAAUUUAAUCUUGUUACGUCUUUAUGUCAAUUUGACCUAUUCAGCAGCAACAGGAGCUUAAUUUGACGAUUUUUCGUUAGGGUUACUGAUAUUAAUUUCAAUAAAGAAACUUGCAGGCUGCA